GCAUUUGCAUCGUUCCUAUUCGGAAUUGUCCGUCUUUUAAGCUAGAAAUUCAUUUCAUCAUGGCGGCCGAACCACAAAAGAAGCCUGAUUUAGGUCUUUUGGAAGAAGACGACGAAUUUGAGGAGUUUCCAGCUGAAGACUGGGAUGCUGUGGAUGAAGACCCAGAAGAUGUGAAAGUGUGGGAAGACAACUGGGAUGAUGACAACAUUGAGGAUGAUUUCUCAAAACAACUCAGGGCUGAACUAGAGAAGAAAGGCAAAAACCCUGAUGGCAGUGAACCAAUGAAGACCUAGCUGUGUGUGAAGACCGUCACCCUCAUUUUGUAGACUUUCAUCCCUCAUGUGUUAUAUAACAUCAGCCUGAAUCACAGCAUAUGCAGGACAAUGUUCCAAAAUCUCAACUGUACAAGUCAGCAUGUGAUAGAGGAUAUAUCAAGGAGCCUAUUGUGUUAUAAAAUUUGAGUUUGGGAAAGAAAGGUUUAUAUUGUGGAAAAUGAAUUGCUUACCAAAACUGUUUUCACUUUUUGGAUUCUUAUGUGUAGACAGUUCUUAUGUCUUUGAAAGACAUGAAGAUCAUACUUUCUGCAACGUUACCUGUUGCCACCAUUCAUGUAGCAGAAACGUUUGACAAUGUAACGAGUGUCAUGUGGACCAGAUAUCAAACAGUAAUGUUAUGUUAAUAAAAUGUACAAAACAUA